GCAGGAUCCCACCAUCGGGGCGCGUCGAGCGUGUGAGGACCUGCAGGUAAAGGAGACACCUCGCUCUCAGAAGGUGUGUCCUUUAUUCUUUUAAAUAGACCAAGAACAUUUCAGUUAGAGGAACAACAGACCUCUUUCACCGCUCCAAGAUUCGGACUUUUUUUACUUUGGGAAAUACCGAGAAGUUUGAAAAACGCGAAUUAUGGCUGUGUCUGCAAGUUAUAGCAUCGUUUUUAUUUUUGCAUGUGUAUGGCUAACUUUUGCAUCGGAGGAUAAAGAAGUUAUACCCGGAGGACGAAGUUUGGGUGUCGUGGAGGAUGAAGGCAAAUUAUUCAUUGAUGAGAUCACUAAAAAUACACUACAGAGCAGUCUCACAACUAUCUUCCUGCCAGUUAUUUACAUGAUUGUUUUGUCUGUGGGGCUGCCAACCAACGCGAUGGCAUUAUAUGUCUUGCUGUUCAGGUCAAAGAAAAUUCACCCUGGUACCAUUUACAUGGCCAACCUAGCACUGGCUGACCUGAUGUUUGUCAUCUGGACGCCUCUUAAGAUCGUGUACCAUUUGAAAGGAAAUAACUGGACUUUUGGUGAAGGGAUGUGCAAAGUUUUUGUGGGUUUCUUCUACGGCAACAUGUACUGCUCCAUCCUCUUCAUCACUUGUCUGAGCAUCCAGCGGUACUGGGUCUGCUCUCACCCGCUCUCCCAGCAAAGAAAAAACAACAAGUUUGCUAUCAUCAUAUCUGUUUGUAUCUGGAUCUUCAUUUGUGUCAGUACUACACCUUUGUACCUGUACAAGCAAACUGUUGAACUCUCAGAACUCAACAUCACCACCUGCCACGACGUCAGUCUUAUCCGUAAGGAGAACUUUCUAUCUGGCAAUGUGUUCCUGGAUGUUCAGCUGCCUUAUUAUUAUUUUAUGGUGAUGGCGGGUCUUGUCUUUUUCAUCCCACUGUUGGUCAUCAUUGCAGCUUAUAUUCUUCUCCUUCGCUCACUUGGGAAUCACACAGUCGAAGGGAAUACUGGAAAAAGCCGCCACCGAGCUGUGGUUCUCAUCCUUACGGUGCUCUUAACGUUCUUGGUCUGCUUCAUCCCAAGUAACGUGAUGUUGGUUGUGCAUUACGCUCUCCUGCGAAAUAACCAGGUCAAUAAUAAUGGCUAUGGUUUCUACAUCAUGACACUGAGCCUGGCCAGUCUCAACAGCUGCUUGGACCCUUUCAUCUACUAUUACGUCUCGGAUGAGUUCAGGGAGCACGUCAAGAACACGCUACUGUGCCGUAGCAGUCGAACGGUGAAUAGGAUGAGGGCCUCGUUCACCUCAUUGAAGUAUUCCAAAACGACCAAGACCUAUACUUCCAGCACAGGCAACACAGAUAGCAGCAACUGAUGAGAGCAGAUGGACAUGGACCAUGAUGGAAGUGAGCUGAUGUAUUUCUAUGUGGAAUAUAUAUACACAAUUUAUUUUCUAUGCAUGAUCUGUGUUCUCCAUUGGAUGAGGCUGAAACUGUCUGAGAGCAGAUUGAAGAGUUAUUGAAGACAUUUACCUUCAGGGACCUUUGUAAACCCCAAAGCUGAAGGAGGAGUUUGAACAGAAGAGUCUUUGUUUCUGUCACAUUUAAUUUGAAACUCAGGGUUGUGAAGCCAAAGUAGUCCAUGGCAGAACAUUCAGUUUUUACAUUUAAUAUUGUUCAGAUGGGCUUUGUGAAAUAUUUCAUGUGAAUUUAAUGGGUAUGGGUAUAUAUAUAUAUAUAUAUAUAUAUAUAUAUAUAUAUAUAUAUAUAUAUAUAUAUAUAUAUAUAUAUAUAUAUAUAUAUAUGAUCUUUUAGGCAGAUUUGGUUCUAUUUUUAAUAUCUUUCUUUUUUUUCAAAACUGAUUUUUGUUUUUGCCUGUUAUCCACAAUGACUUGUUUUUGUACAUAAUUGUAUUAUAUAGCCAUUAUUAAGUCUAACUAUGCUUGUCUGUGAUGCAAAUGUUGGAAUGAUAUUUUUCUUAAGUCAUGCAGAUUCAUUUUCUAAACUCAACUGUACUGUACCUUUAUUCAACCGUUAACUUCAUUAUCUCAAAAGUUAAAUUCUAUAGAAUUUCCAGUCAGUCAUUGUUUUUCUGGAUCUUCAUUCACACAUUGUUUAUCAGAUGUUUUUGUACCUCUUACAAGGAAAUGCAGCUGAUAACAGGUUUACGCACUUUACCCCUAAAGGCACAGGCUCUUCUGAAUAAAUAUUUUAUUUGCUUUGAAA